AUGACAAAUUUAUUAUGCUGUCUAGCUUGCCUUAUCUUGUAUGUCCAGCUGCUCUCAUCACCAAACAUUGCUUCUGCUUCUUCUCUUGAAGCAGAGGCUCUUCUCAAAUGGAAAGCUAGCUUUCAAAAUCAAACCAAGAAUAAUCUGAUCUCAUGGGCUUACUAUCCAAAAGUAAAUACAAUCCCAUGCAACGGUUGGACUGGUAUUUCAUGCAACACUGCUGCAAGUGUCAACAGGAUCAACCUCACCAAUUCUGGGAUUCAAGGUACGCUAUAUGAAUUUCCAUUCCUGUCCCUCCCUAAUCUCGAAUACAUUGACCUCAGCUUGAACCAACUCUUUGGUGCCAUCCCAUCUCAGAUAAGUUCCCUCUCCAAACUCAUCUAUUUUGACCUUUCUUAUAAUCAGUUGUCUGGGAAAAUCCCACCAGAAAUUGGUCUUCUAAAUAGUCUUCAAGUCCUGCACCUAAAUGAGAAUCAAUUAAAUGGCUCAAUUCCUCAAGAAAUUGGUCAGCUUAAGUUUCUUAAUGAGCUUGCUCUGCAAACCAACAAUCUAGAAGGUCCAAUCCCGGCUUCUCUCGGUAACCUUUCCCAUUUAGCUGCACUGUACAUGCAGAACAACUAUUUAACAGGUCCCAUUCCUUCAGAUUUUGGAAAUUUAAAACACCUAACCAUGAUGUACUUGUCCAACAAUACACUUUCUGGUUCCAUUCCUUCAGAAAUAGGAAAUUUGAAGUCUCUAGUGGAAUUAUGCAUUAAUGAUAACAAUCUAUCCAGUUCAAUCCCGUCAUCAUUAGGCGAUCUAACAAACCUUACCCUUCUCUAUCUCUUUAAUAAUAAUCUUUCCGGCAUAAUUCCAAAAGAGAUAGGGAACCUUAAAUCUCUUGUGGACCUACAGUUGAGCGAUAAUCACCUUAAUGGUUCCAUCCCCACUUCACUUGGUGACUUGAGCAACCUAGAAAUCUUAUUCCUACGCGAUAACCAACUUUCUGGCUCCAUCCCCCAAGAGAUGGAGAAUCUCAUGAAGUUGAUUGUGCUGGAACUUGACACUAACAAUUUUUCUGGUUAUUUGCCACAAAAUAUUUGUCGUGGCGGAUCACUACAAAACUUUAGUGUAAGCUCCAACCAUUUCAUAGGUACAAUCCCCAAAGGUUUGCAAAAUUGCAAGAGCUUAGUGAGAGUUCAUCUUGAAGGGAACCAACUAACGGGCAAUAUAUCUGAAGUUUUUGGUUCCUAUCCAAAUCUUCAUUUUAUUGACCUAAGCCACAAUAACUUGCACGGUGAAAUCUCACAGCUCUGGGGACAGUGUCCGCAAUUAGCAACACUACGAAUUGCAGGGAACAAGCUUACUGGUAGUAUACCACCUGAGAUUAGCCAUGCAUCCCAAAUUCAUGAACUCGAUCUUUCUUCCAAUAGUUUAGUCGGGGUGAUCCCAAAGAACUUUGGGAGAUUGACUUCUUUGGUGAAUUUGAUGUUGAAUGGCAAUCAACUUUGGGGUCCUAUACCGUCAGAAUUUGGAUCGUUGACUGAUAUUGAAUAUCUUGACUUGUCCACCAACAAAUUCAACGAGUCAAUUCCAGGCAUUUUUGGUGACUUUCUCAAAUUACACUACUUGAAUUUGAGCAACAACAAGUUCAGUCAAGAAAUUCCAUUUCAGAUGGGGAAGUUAGUUCAUCUGUCCCAACUUGAUCUAAGUCAUAACUCACUUGAGGGUAAGAUACCAACACAAAUGAGCAGUAUGCAAAGCUUGGAGAAGUUGAAUCUUUCCUACAAUAAUCUUACAGGUCUCAUUCCAACAAAUUUUGAAGAAAUGCAUGGCCUGUAUCACAUCGACAUAUCCUACAAUCAACUGCAGGGUCCAAUCCCCAACAACAAAGCAUUUCAAAAUGCUCGAAUGGAAGGGAAUAACGGAUUGUGUGGCAACGUUGGAGGACUAAAACCCUGCAAUCAUUCUGUGGAGCAUAAGCAUACCUCAAGGAAGGAGUUCUUAAUCAUUUUCCCUAUCUUGGGAACACUUUUACUUGCUUUCCUGGCAUUUGUUUUGAUUGGAAGAAGAAGAAGUAGAAGAAAGCAAGAACUGGAAAUCGAACAGAGCAAUAUGCACGAAAGCUUUUUCUCAAUAUCUAAUUUUGACGGAAGAAAAAUGUAUGGAGAAAUCAUGGAAGCAACCAAUGGUUUUGAUGUCAUUCAUUGCAUCGGGAAGGGAGGACAGGGAAGCGUCUACAAGGCAAAGCUCCCAUCAGGCAGCAUUGUUGCAGUGAAGAAAUUCCAUCAAACACUUGAUGGUGAGGAGGCAUCUCGGAAGGAGUUCCUUAAUGAAAUAAGGGCCUUAACUCAGAUACGACACCGAAACAUUGUGAAGUUUCUUGGCUUUUGUUCAAGUGCCCAUCACUCGUUUUUGGUCUAUGAGUAUUUGGAAACAGGUAGCUUGGCUGCAAUCUUGAGCAACGAGAAUGAAGCUAAAAAAUUGGACUGGAGCACAAGGGUGAGAAUUGUAAAAGGUGUUGCUCAUGCGUUGUGUUAUAUGCAUCAUGAUUGCUCACCACCAAUUGUGCAUCGAGACAUAACAAGCAGCAACAUUUUGCUGCGCUGUGACUAUGAGCCUUGUGUUUCGGACUUCGGCACUGCUAAGCUUUUGAAUCCAGACUCGUCGAAUUGGACUGCUCGUGCAGGCACAUAUGGAUAUGUAGCACCAGAGCUGGCUUAUACAAUGAAGGUAACAGAAAAAUGUGAUGUUUAUAGCUUUGGAGUGCUGGCACUGGAAGUGAUCAUGGGAAAGCAGCUAGGCGAUUUCGUUUCCUCCUUUUCAUUUCCAUCCACCACCUAUCCAAACAUAUUUCUCAAGGAUGUGUUGGACCAAAGCCUUCCCCCUCCUACACCUCAACUUCAAGAUGAACUCAUAACCAUUGCAAGGCUAUCAAUUGCAUGCAGACAUUCCCAUCCACAAUCGAGGCCAACAAUGCACAUGGUCGUGAUCGAUAACGUCGUCUGCUCCACUGCGACUUUACUCAAGGUUUCUGAGCUCGCCAUCUCGUUGCGCCGCCGUGAUCAACCCCAUCGAAACCCUAAGCUUGCUCCUUCUGCAACAAAACUCUAA